AUGAGUGACACUUACCUACUUCAUGGCAAAUUUAGUUACGAUCCAAAGGAUUUGAUUGGUAGGGGUGCCAAUGCGGAAGUGUUUCGUGGAACGUACAAGGGCGAAGAAUCAAGAAGAUCGAGGUACAUUAUUUUGGAGUUGUGUUCCGGAACUCUGCAGGAUGUUUGUGAGGGGAAAUUUCAAGGGCCAGCAAUUCAGUCCAACAAAGAAGUUGUACAUCAGAUUAUUAAGGGACUUGAUUACACUCACUCUAACAAAUUCAUUCAUGGAGACAUCAAACCAGAAACUAUUUUCAUUUCGAAAACAACACAUUCUGUGAAAAUCGAGUUGUCCAAUUUUUUGCUGAGGAAACAUGUAGGCAGCAACAGCAAUUUUGAUUGGAUGGCCCCUGAACUGCAAACACCAGAGAGGGUAACCGAUUCGCCCAGCUGCGACAUUUUUUCAGUCGGCUGUGUUGUCUUAUAUUACGUAACUCGUGGGACACAUCCAUUUGGCGACCUUGCCGAAGUGAAAAAUAAUAUUCGUGACAAUAGGCCACUGCUGAACAUCGCGAAAACUGAUGAGCAUUCACAAAUCCUGUCUUGCAUUGCACAAGGGAUGAUUGAAUUUGACCCGUCUAAAAGAACAUCUUUGAAAGGAAUCUUAUCUACAAACUUUCCAGUUCCUUGGUCAGGUAGAAUAAAGAAACGUUCUGAUAUGCUUGGGACGGGUGGAUUUAGCGUGGUGUUUCAUGAUUGCGAAAUCGCAAUACAAUCUCAGCUCAAUCACGAAAAUGUCCUAAAAAUUCUUGCCGUUGAAGAAAAUGAAGAUUUCAGCUGCGCUCAUUAUUGGGUUGAGGUCAAAAUUAUUCACGACAUCUAG